ACUAAAUCCUCCUGUCGUGUGGGGGCCCACUUUUCACUUUCUGUUUAAAUUCUAGUCGAAGAAGAAGAGACAGGUCUUCCGCCUACAUUCUCUGACGUAACUUCCUUUCUGUCCGUGCUAACGUCCGAGUGAACACGCGUUCGCCUGACCAGCAAGAUGCGUUACGUUGCUGCUUACCUGCUCGCUGCCCUGGGUGGUAAUGAGAAUCCCGAGGCCAAGGACAUCAAGAAGAUCCUUGAAAGUGUUGGCAUUGAGGCCGAUGAUACACGUCUGGACAAGGUCAUCUCUGAGCUCAGUGGCAAGAACGUGAAUGAUGUGAUUGCCUCAGGUUACGGUAAGCUGGCCAGCAUGCCGGCAGGCGGUGCAGUAGCAGUUGCCAGCUCUGCGGCUGCUGGCUCAGGCGGAGCUGCAGCCCCUGCUGCAGCUGAGGAGAAGAAGGAAGAGAAGAAGGAAGAGUCUGAAGAGUCCGAUGACGAUAUGGGAUUCGGCCUGUUCGAUUAAACUUUUUCAAGCAAUGAAUAAAGUUUAUAAAAAAUC